AGACUAAUCUACUUUACAGUUUAAAAAAAUUAAAACACCUUUGAAUAUUUCAAUUACAUUUCAACUAUAGUUACCUAGUUCAAAAUUUACUAAAAAUAUGAAUCUUAAUCGAUCAAUUGGAAGAACUCUAAAAAAACUUAAGGCCCAUUCUAUAAGUAAACGAGCACAAUAAUUUUCCCCGUACAAACCGUGGGCCAUUUUAGAAAUUCCGCAUCUGUGAAUUUGUUAAUUAGACAUCGUUGGGAUCCACUGGUAAUAUAAAAGCGAUACAAUUCAAAUCAAGCAGCUUAGUCUGACAGAGAAAUCUAACGAUCGCAAAUCGUGACAAUGUCUUCGAUAAAGUUAUCAUAUUUGAUAUGUUGUCUGCUGAUCAGCUUGAUAGUAACUGGUACGAAAUCUUCAGCAUAUGCUGAACAACGUGAAUUAAGUGAAAAGGGAAAUGACAUUGAAAGACGAGCAGCACUAGUGAAAAGAGAUCUUAGUCCGCCGCCUGCAUUCGAAGUGGAAGAGGCAGAGGAAGGUUUUCCCGAUCAAACCGAUGACGAUAACGAUGACGAGGAAGAGCCUAAGGAAGAAGAACGUCCUGUAAAUAGUGAUCCUUGGACGGGUGAAGUUCAGCAACCGCAUUGGUGAU